UCCCCUGUCAUGCACAAAACGUCACGAAAACGUGAGGAAUCGUCUUCAAAAUGUCAGCCUCCAGUACAAAACAAUAUUAAUUUCCUGAUUUCUCAUAAUAUUCAUCGAAGAACUUCCUAGUUAGCAAUGUCAUCCCUUGAUACAUGGGUCAGCGACAAACUGCAUGACAUCUUAGGAAUAUCUGACAAAUACAUCUCACAGUAUCUGAUUGGUUUGUGUAAAAAAGCAUCAAGCUCAGAUGGAUUCAUUGACAACCUCAGAGAAACUGAAGCAGUUGACAUUAAUCCACAAGUUAUUCAAUUUGCGAAGGAAUUAUGGGAAAGGGCACCAAGAAAAGCUGUUACAGAAAAGGCAGGCAGAGUUUUAGAACGUCAAUCAUUAGAGCUACAAAAGAAGAACCAGAGUUAUAAGCUUGUAUCUUCUGGAAGUGAGGAGGAUGAUUAUUCUGUCCAACCAAAGAGACGGAAGGCAGAAAAAAGACAGAAGCACCUACGAAAGAAACAAGAAUCUUCAGAUGAAAGUGAUUCAAAUCCAGAUAGGGACCUUGAUGCAGAUGAUAAAAUGGAUUCAGACUCUAGUGAUUCAGAAAAAGAAAGGCUACAGGAUCUGGAAGAAAGGGACAAAUUUGCAAACAGACUUAGAGAAAAAGAUAAAGAUUCACAGAGAAAAGUCAUGUCAAAAUCAGAAAAAAAGGCGUAUGAAGAGGCAACAAAACGUCUGCAAUUAGAAAGAGAAAGCAGAAAUAACAUAAUACCAGACUUAAGGAAGAAAUCUCGAAGAGACUACUAUAAAAAGAGACAUAGGGAUAAAUUAGACGAUUUAGAGGCUGAAAUCAUAGAUGAAGAAUUUUUAUUUGGUGAUAUGCCUUUAACAGAAAGAGAAAAGAAAGAUAUGAAAUACAAGAAAAAAGUGUUGCAAUUGGCAAAGGAACAUCGUAAAGCUGGUGAGAAACAGAAAGCAGACCAUUAUUACAUGCCUAAAGAUGAUGUUAAACCUACAGAAAAGUAUGAAGAAGAUGACACAGAAAAAGGACCAAAUUAUGAACAGAAGCGCUGGGAAGAAGACCAUGUAGGGGCAGCUAUUAUGAGAUUUGGUGCCAGGGAUGCCAAAGAGAAGGCUCGAGAGAAAAAGUCUGUGAAGGAUUACGAUGUGAUUAUGGACGAGGAAAUAGAAUUCAUUCAAGCUUUACAGAUGCCAGGAACCAGAAAGGAUGAACCAGAUUUGUCUGAGAGAGAGAUGAAGAAAAUGACAAUAGAAGAAACACAGAAAAGUUUACCUAUUUAUCCAUUCAAAGAAGAUUUAAUUGCUGCCAUGGAGGAACAUCAAGUUCUAAUAAUAGAAGGAGAAACAGGCUCAGGAAAGACAACUCAAAUACCACAAUUUCUUGUCAAAGCAGGAUAUACUAAAGGAGAAAAGAAGAUUGGGUGUACCCAGCCAAGGAGAGUGGCAGCCAUGUCUGUAGCAGCCAGGGUAGCAGAAGAAAUGGGAUAUAAACUGGGGAAUGAGGUUGGAUACAGUAUAAGAUUUGAAGACUGUACAUCAGAGAGGACUAUGAUAAAAUAUAUGACAGAUGGUAUGUUGUUAAGAGAAUUCCUGUCAGAACCAGAUCUAGGAGGAUAUAGUGUAAUGAUAAUUGACGAAGCCCAUGAAAGAACGUUACAUACAGAUGUAUUGUUUGGAUUAGUUAAAGAUAUCGCCAGAUUCAGACCUGACCUUAAACUUCUUAUUUCUAGUGCUACCUUGGAUGCAGAAAAGUUUUCUGAAUUUUUUGAUGAUGCUCCAAUAUUCCGUAUCCCUGGUAGGCGGUAUCCUGUAGACAUAUACUAUACCAAAGCCCCGGAGGCUGAUUACUUGGAUGCUGCUGUUGUCUCAGUUCUACAAAUACAUGUCACUCAACCUACUGGAGAUAUUCUGGUGUUUAUGACUGGUCAGGAAGAAAUAGAAACAUCCAAUGAAAUGUUACAGGAGAGGACAAGAAAGCUUGGUAGUAAGAUAAAAGAAUUGAUUAUUUUACCCAUUUAUGCAAACCUUCCAUCAGACAUGCAGGCAAAAAUCUUUGAACCAACACCACCAGGAGCCAGAAAGGUCAUCUUGGCCACUAACAUAGCAGAGACCUCUUUGACUAUCGAUGGGAUCAGUUAUGUAAUUGAUCCUGGAUUUUGUAAACAGAACAGUUACAAUGCCAGGACAGGAAUGGAGUCAUUAGUUGUAACACCUAUAUCUAAGGCAUCAGCCAAUCAGAGAGCAGGAAGAGCUGGGCGUGUGUCAGCAGGGAAAUGUUUUAGACUGUAUACAGCAUGGGCAUAUAAAAAUGAACUUGAAGAUAAUACAAUACCCGAGAUUCAGAGAACAAACUUAGGAAAUGUUGUCUUACUGCUCAAAAGUUUGGGUAUAAAUGACUUGAUCCAUUUUGAUUUCAUGGAUCCUCCACCACAUGAGACAUUAGUUCUGGCAUUAGAACAACUGUAUGCUCUAGGAGCAUUAAAUAAUCGGGGAGAGUUAACAAAACUAGGCAGGAGAAUGGCAGAAUUUCCUGUAGAUCCAAUGAUGUCAAAGAUGAUACUGGCCUCAGAACAGUAUCAGUGUGCAAAAGAAAUUCUAUCCAUUACAGCAAUGUUAUCUGUUAAUAAUUCAAUAUUUUACCGUCCCAAAGAUAAAGUGGUUCAUGCAGAUACUGCUAGGCAGAAUUUCUUCCGACCAGGUGGAGAUCAUAUGACAUUACUUAAUAUUUAUGAACAAUGGGAGGAGACUGACUACUCCACUCAGUGGUGUUUUGAAAACUUUAUUCAACAUCGUUCAAUGAAACGAGCGAGAGAUGUUAGGGACCAGUUAGAAGGAUUGUUAGAAAGAGUCGAGAUUGAGGUCUCUUCAAAGCCUGGUGACACAAUCGCACUUAGAAAGGCCAUCACAGCUGGAUUUUUUUACCACACAGCUAGGUUAUCAAAGGGAGGUAAUUACAGAACUGUCAAACACCAGCAGACGGUUAUGGUACACCCUAACAGUAGUUUGUUUGAGGAUCGACCAAGAUGGCUUAUCUAUCAUGAACUUGUUUUCACAACCAAAGAAUUCAUGAGACAGGUAAUAGAAAUAGAAAACAGCUGGUUAUUAGAAGUUGCACCUCAUUAUUACAAAUCUAAAGAACUGGAAGAUGGAUCAGGAAAGAAAAUGCCUAAAAAUACGGGAAAAACGCGAGAAGAUGUGACGAGGAAUUAUUGAGGGAAGAAACUGUUAUGGAGAGCAUUAUGUUUAACUUUUAUAAAAACUGAAACAAACAAAUAAAUCAGAAUACACAUGUAGUGAUAUUUGCUGGAAUUAUUUGUACAUGUUUCUGAAAGCAUUACUGAAUCUAAUAUGGAUCAGUGUCUAUGGUUCAAGAAAGUUCCUAUAACAAUUAGUGGGAAUGAGAUCCAUUACAAUAUUUAUGUUGAGUAAGUGAGAUUCAUAUUAUUAUAUUUAUUAUACUUCAAUAAAAGAUGUCUGCAAA